AUGCCUCCCGCAGGAGCUGCCUUUGUGGCCAAACUCAAAGUUCAGCUGAAACUGGCUAUUGCCAGAUUGCGCAUGGUCCAGAAACGAGAUGAAGCCCUCGCCAAGACUCAGCGACGGGCUAUGGCGCAGUUGCUUGAUGUUGGCAAGGAGGACUCGGCCCGCAUCCGUGUUGAAAACAUCAUCCGGUCAGACAUCACCACCGAGCUUCACGAGAUCCUGGAGCUCUACUGCGAACUUUUGCUUGCCCGCGCCGGUCUGUUGGAGGCGCCCACUUGCGAUCCUGGUCUCGAGGAGGCCGUCAAGAGCAUCAUCUACGCCGCACCCAAGACCGAAAUUAAGGAGCUCCACCAAGUACGGACGCUGCUCGCGGAGAAGUUUGGUAAGGAGUUUGCGCUGCAGGCGGUGGAAAACUCGGAUGGCAAAGUGUCGGAGAAGGUAGUCAAGAAGCUCAGCGUGACGCCACCGCGGGAAGAGCUUGUUGUUGGCUAUCUGGAGGAGAUCGCAAAGGUGUAUGGCGUGAACUGGCCAAAGAAGAAGGCAAACUUGGGCGAGCCGCCUGAUUUCAUGGACGAGGAUGAGAGCCCGAGCGGUGGGCAGGCUCAGAAGAACCUCGAGGUACCUUUAAAGGCGGAAGAUAAGGAGGCGGAGGCUCAGGAGGAGCUCAGCAAGGCAACACCACCAGUGUCCUUCGGACCUGCGAGCCCACUACAUGUUAACCCACCACCGCCGUCAACCGACAAUAUCCAUCCCAAAGUCACCCUGAACCACCAGCAACUACAAUCAAAGCAAUCUCCAGCGGGUGGUGGAGUUGUGAAGAAGGCACCUGCGAAAGGGAGUAUCGCGGACGGCAUUCCUGACGUGGACGAGCUGGCUAAGCGGUUUGCGGCUUUGAAGAAGUAGCAGGGUUUUGCCAUAAUAUGGACUUUUUCAAGCGAUUUGAGCUUUU